AUCAAGGUUUCAAUGAGUCCAAAAGGAGUGUUUGUUCUCCACCACAAACUCAAAAAUGGAUAAGCAAGUGAGGCUAUUCCUUCUUCAUUUGAUGUCCCUCUUGAUCGUGUUCACACAUGGAGCUGCUGCAUCUUCCACAUGCCCCAUGGAUCUCUCCUACGUUGCUUCCAUUCCCUGGAACACCUCAAUAUGCAGAGGCCAUUUUGACAAGGAUCACUGUUGCGACACGCUAAGGAGUGUUUUUGCCAUUGGCCUCGCUGAGCUCCUCAAAGAUACUCACUUAUUUUACCUUCCUGAUGCAAACACUUCCUCCGCUUGCUUACAUGACUUCACACGCAGGCUUUCAGCCUUGUCCAUCAGCCAAAACAUGGUCCCUCUUUGCUUCCCCAACCCAUCACGCUUUGUUUUCAACUCUUCGGCUUGUUUAGGUAUCAGAACCACGCAAGAUUGGAACUUUAGGGUGGACCGGAAUACCCCUUUGUAUUCAACUUGCAAUAAGGACCUCAAAGACAAAACUCGCUGCAGAGUUUGCUCUGAGGCUGCUCACACACUCACAGAGAAGCUCACAGCAUUUGACCCUAAUGCUGACGCCAAAAGGUGUUUUUACUACAUUGCGCUGUACGCUGCAGCUGUUGUUAACCCGUUUGGUACAACCGAUAUAAGCACCACUUCUUGCAUACUUUGCCUGGAGCAUGAUGUGGUGGUACACGGGUCAAGUCAUGGAGUAGAACUGUGGAAGCUGGGUUUUGCGUUGUUGGGUGUUGUUAUUGGUGUUGUUCUUGCUUUUGUGAUGAUUGUUGUGUACAGGAAAUGGGAUAAGAGAAAGAAGCAGAGUGUUCAUCACAGGGAGAUUGAGAACAAGGUCAGAGCAUGUGUUUUGCCUAAUGCUGGGGCAAAAUGGUUUCGUGUAGAGGAGCUUGAGCGUGCAACUGAGAGAUUUUCGCGGAAGAAUGUGGUUGGUCAAGGUGGUGAUGGAGUUGUGUAUAAAGGUACUCUUUCUGAUGGUGCUGUGGUUGCUGUUAAGGAGAUUUAUUAUUUGGAGGGUAAAGGGGAUGAAGAGUUCUGCUAUGAAGUGGAGAUCAUAAGCAAAAUAAAGCACAGGAAUCUUCUUGCUCUUCGGGGAUGUUGCAUUUCGAGUGAUGAUUUGGAAGGUAAGAGAAGGUUUAUGAUUUACGAUUUUAUGCCUAAUGGGAGUCUCAGUGACCAAAUGUGUUCAGAUGGUGCUAAUAGGCUAACAUGGCCACAAAGGAAGAAGAUAAUCUUUGAUGUGGCUAAGGGGCUUGCUUAUUUGCAUUAUGAAAUCAAACCCCCAAUUUACCAUCGUGACAUAAAGCCUACCAACAUACUUUUGGACUCCAAAAUGAAUGCUAAAUUGGCAGAUUUUGGGUUGGCCAAGCAAGGUUCUGAGGAUGAGUCUCAUCUCACCACAAGGGUUGCUGGCACAUAUGGUUAUGUAGCACCAGAGUAUGCUCUCUAUGGGCAACUAACUGAGAAAAGUGAUGUCUAUAGUUUCGGUAUUGUUAUUCUUGAAAUCAUGAGUGGAAGGAAGGUGCUUGAUGUUUUGGAUUCAUCUGCUUGUUUAAUUACAGAUUGGGUAUGGACAAUGACAGAAUCUGGAAAGAUGGAGGAAGUUUUUGAUCUGUCAAUAAGAGAAGGGCAAGAAAAAAUUAUGGAAAGGUUUGUUCUUGUUGGAAUGCUAUGUUCUCAUUUGGCAGUGGCAUCAAGGCCUACUAUUGUUGAGGCCCUUAAGAUGUUAGAAGGAGUCAUUGACAUUCCCAAAUUACCUGAGAGGCCAAUGCCACUGGGUCAUGAGUCUUUCCAAUCUUCUUUGUUGCAUGGUUUACAAAGAAGUGCUUAAACAUGUAAGCCACUUGUUUAUCUUAUUUGAGUAUGAGCAAAAUGUAAAUACAGGUCUGUUUCCUUCUGAAUUUGGUAGCACUUUUACUAGUAAAGUUCAAAGAAAAAAUCAUAUUGUAAAAUGUUUGUGUAUUCAAGAGUAGGAAAAUUAGUUAUAAUGAUUAAAUGUAUUUUAGGUUCCUCAAA